GGUUUGUGGAAAAAUGACGGGGAGGCUGGAGUGAUGAUACGAAGAUGGCGAGCGGGGUUGGAAAACACAAGUUGCUUGCUGUUGGACCAACUGAGCCAUGGUCAGUGAGGGAGAAGUUGUGCCUGGCCACGUCUGUCAUGAAAAGUGGAGACCAGAAUUGGGUGUCUGUGAGUCGUGCCAUCAAACCCUUUGCAGAACCUGGGCGGCCGCCAGACUGGUUCUCUCAAAAGCACUGUGCCUCCCAGUACUCGGAGCUCCUGGAAACAACCGAAGCUCCCAAACGGAAGCGUGGCGAGAAAGGUGAAGUGGUGGAGACGGUGGAGGAUGUAAUAGUGCGCAGGCUGACAGCCGAAAGGAUUGACGAACUGAAGAAACUCAUCAAAGAGACACAGGAGAAGCACAGGCAGCUGAAAAAAGAGGCGGAACUGAUCCAAGUGGGCCAUUUAGAUUCCAAACUAGAGCAGUUAUGGGAAGAAAUUGUAAGGAAGAAGAAACAGGAGGAGGAGGAAGCUGAGUUGAAAAGGAAGACAACAGAUGCUGCUUAUCAGGCCAGACAGAAUGCAAAAAACACACCUAAGCGAGUGCCCAGUGUGACCGUACACUCGCCAUCAGAGUGCAGCUCCCCGAGCCUCGAGUUUUCACCGGUUGACACACUCCAAGGCUUGACGGACGAUUCUGUUUCCACCAAGAAUGGUCUCGGAAUAGCCGGGUUCAUGGCGUUGACUGAGUCCUCUGGACUGGGGAGUGGAGAGGUCAGCCAAGGGUCGCUCCUGGAUGACUCGGCACAAAAGAGGCUCUUGAGCCAGAAAGCCACGCCGCCACCAUCUCCCCUACUAUCCGAGUUACUGAAGAAAGGCAGUCUCUUACCUACAAAUUCUAGGCUGAUCGGGGAUGGUGAUGUUCCAGCUGGUCAUAUGACCGGAGCACAUGACCAACAGCUUGUUCCACCCAAUCUACCUGUUUCCCAAACAGCAGGUACAUAUACACCAGUGUGCACACAAGCUCUAUACACAGCCUAUGGAGGGGAUGUGAUGGUGCGAUCAGUGUCGUCUGGAUGCCAGCCUGUCCCCAGCGGGGGGGAGGCAUCUGGCCUCAGUGAAGAUGACGUCACUGUGUCCUACAUUGGGGAUGAACUGGACCUGAAGACAGUGGGGGACAUCAUCGCCAUCAUCGAGGACAAGGGGGAUGAGAACACUGAGGCUUUGGAUGCUGCUGCAGUGGAGGCUGCUCUGUCCCUGUGUGAGGAAAAUGGCCACGGUCUGUCUAGCGCCUGGGAAGCUGGGCCUUUCAAGCCUCACGAGUCUGAGCCUGUACUGUCCGCUGGAGUCCCACGACCCUCAUCGCUACACAGUGGCCUGGUGGGGAAGAAAGAAGGGGUGUUGGAAAUUCAGGGUGCAACUUUAGCACCACUCUCCACUAUGUGUGAGGGUCAGGAUAACUGUCACCCAGCUUACUCUCUGGCGCUAAGUGGCCCUCCUCCCACCUCCUCGUCCUCAUGCAUCUCUGUGAUGCCGGAGCGCUCUCAAGCUGGAGCCACUCUGCAACCCCAGGCUACAGAAGAGACUGGACCAGAGCGGCACCAGAAGAGCCGGACUUCUCCGGAUGCUACCAUUAAGUGCGAGAAUGACAACUGGACACAGCAAGGAGCUGAUAAUCCCCAUGAAGACUCAGUAUUAGAAGAUAGCCCACUGACAGAAAGGCACCCCAAGGAGAUAAAGGUGGAGGACGGGGUAAGUGAUGGGGAAGGGGAGAGCGCUUUGGCAGCUAAAGUGAUCAUGGAGGACAACCGGCCAGGGGUGUGUGGAGGAGAGGAGGAGGGGGACGGGGCAGAGGCAUUCCUGUCAGAGCCUGAAGCAGAGACUGAACUGGAACCACCAGCCAGUGAGAGUGAAGAUGGAUGCAGCUUGCACACGGCCUCAUCAUCUCUGCAGCUACAUACCACUGCAGACUCUAUCCCCAGCAGCCCCGCCUCAUCCCAGUUUUCUGCCUGCAGUGAGGACCAGGAAGCUAUACAAGCUCAGAAGAUCUGGAAGAAAGCCAUUAUGUUGGUGUGGCGUGCAGCGGCCAAUCACAGGUACGCAAAUGUGUUCCUUCAGCCAGUAACAGAUGACAUUGCACCUGGCUACCACAGUAUUGUGCACAGGCCAAUGGAUCUGUCCACCAUAAAAAAGAACAUCGAGACUGGUUUGGUGCGAACCACAGCCGAGUUCCAGAGGGACAUAAUGCUGAUGUUUCAGAACGCUGUCAUGUACAACAGUUUGGACCAUGACGUUUUCCACAUGGCACUGGAGAUGCAGCGUGACGUCCUGGAGCAAAUCCAGCAGUUCCUAGCCACCCAGCUCAUCAUGCAGACGUCCGAGUCGGGCAUCAGCGCCAAGAGCCUGAGGGGCCGCGAGAGCACCCGCAAACAAGACUCCACAGACAAGGACACUGUUUCCAUGGCUUCUCCUGCCUUCCUUCUUUCUCUUUUUGAUGGCGGCACCAGAGGGCGCCGUUGUGCUAUUGAAGCCGACCUCAAGAUGAAGAAAUGA